GAGACGCGCUUCAGCAUGUCGGCGGCUCCGCGCACGCAGCUCUUCCUCUUUCUCAUCUCCCUCUCGUCCAGGAUGGGGCUCAGCCGCUACAUUGAGGACAACGAAGCUUCAGAUGGAUUAUAUUCUCUGCUCAGUUUGGACCAGAAAAGGGAAUCAGAGGACUUUAUUUUCCGCCGACCUCUUAGAUGUUUGGACAUGCUUGCCACUGAUGGCUACUUCACCUUCGUGGCGUCUCAGCCACAGCUGGCCUGUGCUGCAUUCAUCAUCGCUGAGCCCAGUGAGGUCAUCAGUCUGGAGCUGUCUGACGUCAGCAUCGACUGCAGCGCCGGAGACUUCAUCAAGAUGUUUGAUGGCUGGGUUCUGAAGGGAGAAAAGUUCCCCAGCAGGCAGGACCACCAGCUCCCUCUGCACCAGCGCUACACAGACUACUGCUCCUCCACAGCACCAGCAGCCACCAGCCGCUCCUCUCAGAACGUCGCCAUGAUCUUCUUCCGCAUUCACAGCCCUGACAGCGGUUUCACCCUCGCUGUCAAAAAGCUACACAACCCCUUCCCCUGUAACAUCAUGUCUCAGAGUCCAGAGGGCAGCUUCACCAUGGUGAUACCACACCAGCGCAGGAACUGCAGCUUCUCCAUCAUCUACCCCGUGGAGAUCCGACUGACAGAACUGAGCCUGGGGCAGGCCAAGAGCAAUGAGCUCAGCCCACAGAGACAGCUGUGGUCGGGCUGUUCGGAGUCAGGUGACUACGUGGAGCUGCUAGGGGGGAACGGGGUGGACACCUCCAAGAUGUUCCCUGUAGCUGACCUGUGUUUCUCCUUUGGUGGGCUUGCCCAGAUGAAGAUUGGCUGUGAUAACUCUGUGGUGAGACUGGUGUCCAGCGGGAACUACAUCAACCACGUUUCCUUCCAGUACCGACUACUGGAACAACACGAGCUCCCCAAGACCCGAGAAAACAGUCUUGACAACUUCUGCGCUGUGGAAUGAGAUCGCACACACACACACACACACACACAAAAUCAUCCAUCUCACUGUAAAUACAUGUUUGACAAAUACCAUCGAUGAAUAUUUUGUAAUGUUUUUGCCAGGUAUUUUAUUUUGCGUCCUGAUUAUGCUAGCUUUGAUCUUAGGGUAUUUAUUUGAGGAAUUAUUUGAAUGCCUCUCAGAUUUAUGGAUGACGGUGGAAUUAAUUGUUUUCUUUUUAGUCGUUUGUCAAGAAAAUCUGUGGUUUAUUAUUUCUUGGCAAGAGCAUUCAUUUCAAACCUUCCCGCUGUUGUUUUCAGUUCAUAUCAG